GUGUGUGUGUGUGUGUGUGUGUGUGCGUCACUGCCCUUCCCCCCUCUGCACUAUAAACUGUAAUGAAAGUGAAAGUCAGCAGCUCCAUUUUGUGACGAGUGAAAACUAAAAGAUUUCAGGAGUAAAAACACAUGAAACCACGAGAACCCCCCCCUUUCAAUAGGCUGGCUACGGACCUGACGUGUGUUCCGCUGUAAUCUGGAGAAGGAGACAUGACCUCCAACAUGAGUGUGUCUGGAAAACAGGACUUAAAGAAAGACGAGAGAAUGAUGGAGGGAAAGAGAUCAGACUCACCAGAACCCAGCUGUGUGUCCAUGAAGAGUGACCGGUCAAUGGAUCGUCCAUUUACCUUCAGAGACAGAGACAGUUCUACUGAUGUGAGACCACAAAAAUCAAACAUCAGCACAAAUCAGCUGGACUCUAUAUUCAAGGAGCUGGAACACAAAGUCAUCACUCUGAUAAAGAAUGAGCUGAAGAGGUUUAGGAAGCUCCUGAGUCCAGAUUACCCAGCAUGCACUGAGAGGGAGGUGGAGGAUGAGGAGGAUCUGCACAGUGUCAGAGAGGGAGCGCUGAAGAUCACACUGCACGUCCUGAAGAACAUGAACCACACAGAUCUCGCUAACACACUGCACAACAAACUCGUCUCUGUGUAUCAGCCAAAGUUGAAGUCCAAGCUGAGAGAGAAGUUUAAAAGAAUUAAUGAAGGAAUCUCACAGCAUGGAAGCUCAGCACUUCUGAAUGAGAUCUACACUGAGCUCUACAUCACAGAGGGUUGGAGUGGAGACGUCAAUAAUGAACAUGAGGUGAGACAGAUUGAGGCAGCGUCCAGGAGACCAGCAACACAGGAGAAACCCAUCAAAUGUAAUGAGAUCUUUAAAGACAAGUCCAUCAGAACUGUGCUGACUAAAGGAGUUGCUGGAAUUGGAAAAACAGUCUCUGUGCAGAAGUUCAUUCUGGACUGGGCUGAAGGAGAAGUAAAUCAGGACGUCACCUUCAUGUUUCCACUUCCCUUUAGAGAGCUGAAUCUGAUGAAGCAGAAAAAUCUCAGUCUGAUGAAACUUCUUCAUCACUUUUUCCCAGAAAUAAGAAAACUAGAAUCAAUAGACUGUGACUCCUACAAAGUGGUGUUGAUCUUUGAUGGUCUGGAUGAGUGUCGACUUCCUCUAAAUUUCCAGAAGAAUGAGAUAUUGUGUGAUGUGACAGAGUCGGCCUCAGUGGAUGUGCUGCUGACGAACCUCAUCAAGGGGAAUCUGCUUCCCUCUGCUCUCCUCUGGAUAACCACAAGACCAGGAGCAGCCAAUCAGAUCCCUCCUGAGUGUGUAGACCAGGUAACAGAGGUACGAGGCUUCAGUGAUCCUCAGAAAGAGGAGUACUUCAGGAAGAGGAUCAGUGAUCAGAGCCUGGCCAAUAACAUCAUCACACACCUGAAGUCUUCAAGAAGCCUCUACAUCAUGUGCCACAUCCCAGUCUUCUGCUGGAUCUCAGCCACUGUUCUAGAGAGAAUGUUGGGUGAAGCAGAGGGUGGAGAGAUCCCCAAGACUCUGACUCAAAUGUUCACACACUUCCUGAUCUUUCAGAUCAAACACAAGGACCAAAAGUACCAUCAGAAAUGUGACCCUGAUCCUCAGCAGACCAGAGAGAGUAUCAUGGCACUGGGAAAACUGGCUUUCCACCAGCUGGAGAAAGGAAACCUGAUCUUCUAUGAGGAAGACCUGAGAGAGUGUGGCAUUGAUGUCAGAGAAGUGUCAGUGUACUCAGGAGUGUGUACCCAGAUCUUCAGAGAGGAGUUUGGGCUUCACCUGGGGAAGGUGUUCAGCUUCGUACAUCUGAGUGUUCAGGAGUUUCUGGCUGCUUUAUACACAUUUCUCUCCUUCAUCAGCAGAAAUGUAACAGAACAUCAAACCUCUGAUCUGUCUGAUCUUUUCAGGAAGUCAAACCUGUCUGAUCUCCUCAGGAGUUCAGUGGACAAGGCCUUACAGAGUGAGAAUGGACACCUGGACCUGUUCCUCCGCUUCCUUCUGGGUCUCUCACUGGAGACCAAUCAAACUCUUUUACGAGACUUAAUGCCACAGACAGGAAGCAGAUCUCACAGCAAACAGGAAACAGUGGAGUACAUCAAGGAGAAGAUCAGGGAGAAUCCAUCUCCAGAGAAAUCCAUCAAUCUGUUCCACUGUCUGAAUGAACUGAAUGAUCAUUCUCUAGUGCAGGAAGUACAAACUUACCUGAACAGAGGAGGUUACAGUCGUCUCAGUGACACCAGACUCUCUCCUGCUCAGUGGUCAGCUCUGGUGUUUGUGUUACUGACCUCAGAACAGAAGCUGGAUGUGUUUAAUUUGAGGAAAUAUGAUCCAUCACAUGAAUGUCUUCUGAGGCUGCUGCCAGUGGUCAAAGCCUCCAGAAAAGCUGUUCUGUGUCUCUGUAAUCUGACAGAGGAAAGCUGUAGAGUUCUGUCCUCAGUUCUCAGCUCAAACUCCUCCAGUCUGAGAGAACUGAACCUGAGUAACAAUAAACUGCAGGAUUCAGGAGUGAAGCUGCUCUCUGAUGGACUGAAGAAUCCACACUGUACACUGGAGAUACUGAGUCUGUGUCUCUGUAAUCUGACAGAGGAAAGCUGUAGAGUUCUGUCCUCAGUUCUCAGCUCAAACUCCUCCAGUCUGAGAGAACUGAACCUGAGUGACAAUAAACUGCAGGAUUCAGGAGUGAAGCUGCUCUCUGAUGGACUGAAGAAUCCACACUGUACACUGGAGAUACUGAGUCUGUGGGACUGUAAUCUGACAGAGGAAAGCUGUAGAGUUCUGUCCUCAGUUCUCAGCUCAAACUCCUCCAGUCUGAGAGAACUGAACCUGAGUUACAAUAAACUGCAGGAUUCAGGAGUGAAGCUGCUCUCUGAUAGAGUGAAGAAUCCACACUGUACACUGGAGAUACUGAGGAUGUGUGACUGCAGUGUUACAGAUGAAGGUUGUACUGCUUUGGCUUCAGCUCUGAGGUCAAACUCCUCAUCACACCUGAGAGAACUGGAUCUGAACAGUAAUAAUACAGGAGAAUCAGGAGUGAAGCUGCUCUCUGAUCUACUGAAGGAUCCACACUGUAAACUGGAGACACUACACAUUAAGGAUAAGACACUCACCAGGUCUGGUGUAUGACAGGAGUCUCUCCUCAGACCUUUUUUCCAGGAUAAAUCAGUUAUGGUGGUGAAGUGUUAGAACACGUCCCACAUUUCCAGCCGUUUGGGAGCUGAAUCAUUCAUAUUUUCUGAAUAUAUUUUACAACAAUUAAUACAACAAAUUAAAUUCAUUUAACAACAUAUCUGCUUACUUUCUGAACUUGCUGAGUUCCUGUGCACGUUCUCCACAGUGUUUGUAUGGGUUUCCUACAAGUUCUCUGGUUCAAAAACAUGACAGGAGGCAGAGCAGCUACACACACUAAAGUGACCCUGUGUGUUUAUGGAGCCUUAAACCUAGUUCCUUAAACAUUAUUGACCUAAGAGAAAUGUAUUCUUACUUGAUGAGGUCACGUGGCCGAGGAGCCAGAGGUCUGAUUCGGAUAAUGAAGCUGCUGAGAUUUGAAGAUGCUCAAACUAACAAUAAAACACAAAACACA